UUACCCCCUGGCUGUGCUUAAGUCCGACUCAUCGCUCUGUUUAAUAAAACCUCCGUGUUUUCAUGUCGCGUUGAACAAACUCAAGUUUAUUUCGAGUUUAAAUGAGCCCGGUAUCAUCCCCUGUCCUCCCUGUUAGCCGCGAGAGAGGCUCGCUAGCUUAAACGGUGUUGUCGCGUUCGUCCCGUGGUUUACGGUGGCGAGCCGGAGUAGUGUUUUUGCAGCGCGGAGGAGAAAUAGCUAAAGCCUCAAACGUCGGUGAUCAGACUCUUCAGCAUCUGCACCGAGAGACGAGCCUGGAGCGAGCAGCGGGUUGAAGCACGUCCGGACACAAGCGCACCUCUGCGUGUGAGAGACAGUGAGAGAGAGAGAGAGAGAGUGAGAGAGAGUGAGGAAGAAGAACAAUAGAGAAGAAGGACUCAGAGCAGCCGCCAUAGCUGAAGAGUUCCUGCCCUAAUUUGGCCGUUAGGAAGAAACAUCAGUCGGCUACACGGCCCAACCAGAGUCUAAGAUGCCCUAGGCCGGGAGAAGGGAAAUGUAAAUGGCUUCCAAAGUAAAAGAUGCUGUGGUGUGGUACCAGAAAAAGAUUGGCGCCUAUGACCAACAGAUUUGGGAGAAAUCAGUGGAGCAAAGAGAAAUAAAGGGCUUGAGGAACAAGCCAAAGAAGACGGGACAUGUCAAACCCGAUCUUAUCGACGUGGACUUGGUCAGAGGGUCGGCGUUUGCCAAGGCCAAACCCGAGAGCCCGUGGACGUCGCUGACCAGGAAGGGCAUCGUCCGGGUCGUCUUCUUCCCGUUCUUUUACCGCUGGUGGAUCCAGGUCACGUCCAGAGCCAUUUAUCUUUUACUCCUGGCUCUUUAUGUACUGCAACUGGCAGCAGCAGCCCUGUAUGUGUCCAUCCCUCAGCCUCAUGGGAUACCGACCACCGAGGUGUUCGGAGCCAUCUGGCUCAUGUUGCUGCUCGGCACCGUCCACUGUCAGAUCGUCUCCACCAGGACGCCGAAGCCCCCCUCCAGCAGCGGGGGGAAGAGACGCAGGAAGUUGAGGAAGGCAUCUCAGAUGGAGGUGCAUAGGGAAGGCGAUGGGUCUAGCACUACCGAUAACACACAGGAGGGGGCGCCACACUGCCACUCAGCCAGCAGCCCCACAUACAGCCUGGGCACUCUCUUCCAAGAUUUCUGGCAUGAUAUCUGUAAAGCUGGAUCCAAGAAGUCCAAGCUCUCCAUCGACAAAUCUACCGAGACGGAUAACGGCUACGUGUCGCUGGACGGUCGUGUGACCAAUCGCAGCAGCGAGGAGGGGCUUCAGCUCCACGAGCAGCGAUGUGAUUUGUUGAACAGGGCAGACGAGCCGUGCUGGACCGCUCUCGUCCAGCCGCCUCAAGCAGCUCGCCCCGCGGGUCUGAUGCUGCCCAGCGGCAUCAAGGAGCCAGCAUCAGAUGAGGCGUCCAGCGAGGAGGACCCCGAAGCCUCCUACAGCGCCCUCCGCAGGGGGGUGGAAAGAAUGAACAGUGACUGUACGCUCAGAAACCGCAAGAGCACUCACCACUACAAGAAACACUACGCUGUGGAGGUAAACACACACACAGCAUGUAAACCUUUCAAAAUAGUUUAUUUCAUAUUUGUCAAAGAAGAAAAGGACGUUAAGACAACAAUCUGUCUCGUCUUGUGUCAGGACGUCCCCAAGUCCGGCACCAGCUGCAGCUCCAGGUGUUCCAGUCUGAGGACUCAGGACUCGGAGAGCACUCGUCACGAGUCGGAGACGGAGGACCUGAUGUGGGAGGACUUCCUGCACUGUGCCGAGUGCAGAUCCUCGUGUACAUCAGAAACAGAGGGAGAAGGAGGAACACCCGUGUGCUCUCCUGCUAAGAAGGAAUACAGAGACGACCCUUUCCAUCAGGGUCACGUUCCGUGGCUGCACAGCACCAACCCCGGCCUGGAGAGAGUGAGCGCUAUAGUGUGGGAGGGAAACGACUGUAAGAAGGCCGACAUGUCCGUCCUGGAGAUCAGCGGCAUGAUCAUGAACAAGGUGAAUCUCUACACUCCUGGUAUCGGUUACCAGGUGUUUGGGAACCUGGUCUCAGUGACACUUGGACUCACACCGUUUGCAUACAGGCUGGCUCAGUACCGAGACUUUGAUCAGCUGACCACGCUCUCAGCCAAUGAGCUUCUGUCUGUGGCCCUGGGGGGCGGGUCUGGAUCAGACGCCAUGGUCAUCACCAUGGUCACGCUGAGCUUCCUGGUGCGUGUGUGCCUCACGUGGCUCUUCUUCUUCCUGCUCAGCGUAGCAGAGAGGACGUACAAACAGAGGCUCCUGUUCGCCAAGCUGUUUGGUCACCUGACGUCGGCCCGCAGAGCCAGGAAGUCCGAGGUUCCUCAUUUCAGGCUGAAGAAAGUUCAGAACAUCAAGAUGUGGCUGUCGCUGCGCUCAUACCUCAAGAGACGGGGUCCUCAGCGCUCCGUGGACGUGAUCGUGUCCUCAGCCUUCCUGCUCACUCUGUCGGUCGUCUUCAUCUGCUGUGCUCAGUUGCUCCACGUCCACGAGACCUUCCUGGAGUGUCACUACAACUGGGAGCUGGUGAUCUGGUGCUCCAGUCUGUCUCUGUUCCUGCUCCGGUUCGUCACGCUGGGCUCCGAGACCAGCAAGAAGUACAGCAACACCUCCAUCCUGCUCACUGAACAGAUCAACCUGUACCUGAAGAUGGAGAAGAAGCCAAACAAGAAAGAGGAGCUGACUCUGGUCAACAAUGUGUUAAAGCUGGCGACUAAACUACUCAAGGAGCUGGAUACUCCGUUCAGGUUGUACGGGUUGACCAUGAACCCUCUGCUCUACAACAUCACGCAGGUGGUCAUCCUGUCGGCCGUGUCAGGGGUCAUCUCGGACCUGUUAGGAUUUAACCUGAAGCUGUGGAAGAUCAAAUCGUGACAGAGAGACGAGGAGGAGGGUCGACGUCACUGACUGAAAGACUGAGCGUCGGUCUCAACAUAUCGGAGCUCUGACCGUCAACGUUCUCACUUUGUGCAAUUCACAAACUAUUUAUUUACCCACUCAGUGUUUUUACUUAGGGUUUCUUUGAAUUCUAGUUUGUUUCCAUUUUUUUGUGUUUUUACCGCACAAAACUAUAUUAUUUUACCUGUCAACACAAAGUAUUAUAAGCAUAAAUUAUUAUUAUUGUUAUUGUGAUAGUUUAGGUCCUCCGCUGCAGUUUUCAUUUCAGCUUAUUUGCAAAUUUGAAGGUUAAGUUUUGAACUGCCGAACGGGCGAAAGUCUUUGUAUUGUCAUUUUUUGUGUUUUACUUGCUUAAAGUUAUUUAUGUUGAGAGAGUUUCAAAGCAAAACUCGAAGCUCUGUUUUGACCUUAAAAUCAGUUUUUAAAAAUACUAGUCCAGUGGUUUUCUUCUCAGUUGACUUUCUAAAGUUGAAACACACGUACAAUCUCUCAGACGACAACUGAUGUGUUAAAUAAAACCUCAGUGUGUACCAAGAUCAAACUACAAUUAAAGUUACUCAUAAUUAUCCUGAACGACAAAUUUAUAACCUGGUAUUCUGACAGAAGAAUGUAAGAAUUGUCAGUUUUUUUUAAUUUCCUCUGUAUCUGAACCAUUUAUCUACAACUGCUCUCUGUUCACUGUUUAAACCAGCUCCUGGAUUUCAAAGCAUACAACAGUAUUGGAUGUUAACAGAAUUGUUUGGUAGGUUAAGUUUAUUUUAUUUUUUUGCCGACUUACCUGAGAAAGUUGCUCCUGGUUUCGUUCUUACUUUGAAAAAGCAGCCGACGUCGGCACCGCAAAGACACAAUCAUCCAGGUAAUGGAAAUAACAACGUGUGACAUUGACUCUGGAGUGAGAGUGAAACACAGUUGAGGGUUUGCUGAAGGUCUCUUCACUGCAGCAAGUUAAAUCCAAUCAAAUACCCUUUUGUAUUUGUUUACUUUUUCCCUUGGACAGUAUUUCCAGCAACAUAUGAAGGUAAUAACUGAUCUGAUGUAGUUCAGGUUAUUUUCAUACACAGUUUGGUACAACAUGCAGGUAAUGAACGAGCUUCCAAACAGCUUCUUAAGUGGAGUUGACGGUUGUUUACCUCAAGCUUCUUCUUUUUUUAACUCCUGCUCAGAUUGAUCCUACCGCUGCAUCUUAACUUCCUAACUUAAAUUUGUGGUUUCUAUUUUUUAUAGACAAUUAUCAGCUGCCUGUUCCCCAGAUUAUUUUCUCAAGUGACUGAUUUGUGGACAUCCACUGUUCUACAAUGAGAAAUUAUAUUGCAAAAUAUAAAAACAUAAUUGCAAUAACCAGCCUGUUGAUUCAAAUAUUGAAAGUUGGCUCUUUACAAAAUAAUUUUUGUUUUGGCUGAUGCCUUUUUAAUGUUUUUAGUUCGAGAACUUAUUCCGUCUGCUCCCAACAUUUUGGGACAAUUUGAUUUGUUUGUAUCUGAGUCAAUUUGAUUAUUUCUUAAAUUAAAAGCUACAUGUUCAUUAGCAUGAGACGGUUCAUCCUCUGUCCGUCAUAGGCUCCUCCCCCUGCAGUUAAAACAUGAGCGUGAUUGAAGAAAUGCACUUUAGGAAAAACAAAACCGAUUUUAAAUGGAAGAAAAAUAAAUUUCAUCUCGUCUCAAUGUUAGAGAUUUGUUUUGUACCUCACCUGCUUGACAAAGUUUGCUGUGAUCUAAAUAUUCACAUCGCUCUUGAAGUUCAUUCUACAUGGUACGUGAAGUUCUCAUGCUCGCAGAAAAUAUCUCACGUGAUUUAAAUGCUGACGUAAAUUGUUGCCUCAGUUCAUGGGUUAGCACGUUGCUAACUGAAACUAGCGUCACUCGUUACAAUGCUAGCAUAGUUAUCUUCAGUGUGUUUGAGGAGGAAGACCAAAGUGCUUAUUGUUUGUUUUUCUUAUUCUCUGGGGAAAAAGAAAGAAUGUAUUUGCAGCGUUAUGCUUUAAAAUCUGUUUCCCUUUGGAAAUUCUUCAAGUUGUAUUUUUCUUUUCUUUUUGACCUUUCGCUCUGUUCUCUCACUUUUUCUUUUGUUAAGAUUGUUUGUCCCUCACGCUUGUUGAAACGAUACAUGUUUUUAAGGAACAAAGAAGUUUGACUUGUGUGUAUGAAAGGAGUCUAGGUUAAAAAAAAACUGUUGUGAUUCUGUUUACCUGAACAGAAUAUUUUUUUUGUGAACCGUUCAGUCCAUAAGGUCUACAUUUUUUUUAUAAGAAAAAUAAAAGAAACAGUUGUUGACUCA